AAAAAAUAAAGCCACCAGUCUCGAGUUCCAAAUCCGAGCGCUCUUAUCCAUCCUAAUUCUUUCAAUAAUUCAGCGAAACGGAUGGGGCCCGUCCUUCUUCGGAGCAUUCCUCCAGGGACUGUGAAUCCGCGGAGCCAGGCUCAGCCGUCGCCUGCAGGGCCUGCGGUCUGUGGGGACCGCCAGCAAGAUGAGGAGUCACCUUCGGGACGAACGGUCGUGCUAGGGAGGGUUGCGCCGGCGGGGUCAAGGGAACCUCCUUUAGGGUGGGAAUCAAGCCUCCAGGCCGCGGUGUUUGAGGGCCCUGCAUCAUGGAAACUCUUUCUAAUGCAAGUGGUACCUUUGCCAUACGCCUUUUAAAGAUACUAUGUCAAGACAACCCUACACGCAACGUGUUUUGUUCUCCUGUGAGCAUCUCCUCUGCCCUGGCCAUGGUUCUCCUAGGGGCAAAGGGAAACACCGCAACCCAGAUGGCCCAGGCACUUUCUUUAAACACAGAGGAAGACAUUCAUCGAGGUUUCCAGUCGCUUCUCGCUGAAGUGAACAAGCCUGGCACACAGUACCUGCUGAGAACAGCCAACAGGCUCUUUGGAGAGAAAACGUGUCAAUUUCUCUCAACGUUUAAGGAAUCCUGUCUUCAAUUCUACCAUGCUGAGCUGGAGGAGCUUUCCUUUAUCAAAGCUGCAGAAGAGUCCAGGGAACACAUCAACACUUGGGUCUCAAAGAAGACGGAAGGUAAAAUUGAAGAGUUGCUGCCGGGCAGCUCCAUUGAUGCGGAAACCAGACUGGUUCUUGUCAAUGCCGUCUACUUCAAAGGGAAGUGGGAUGAACAGUUUGACGAAACGUACACAAGGGAAAUGCCUUUUAAAAUAAAGCAGGAGGAGCAAAGGCCAGUGCAGAUGAUGUAUCAGGAGGCCACGUUUAAGCUCGCCCACGUGGGCGAGGUGCGCGCGCAGCUGCUGGAGCUGCCCUACGCCGGGGAGGAGCUGAGCCUGCUCGUGCUGCUGCCUGACGACGGCGUGGAGCUCAGCACGGUGGAAAAAAAUCUCACUUUUGAGAAACUCACAGCCUGGACCAAGCCAGACUGUAUGAAGAGUACCGAGGUUGAAGUUCUCCUUCCAAAAUUUAAACUGCAAGAGGAUUAUGACAUGGAAUCUGUGCUUCGGCGUUUGGGAAUGGUCGAUGCCUUCCAACAGGGCAAGGCUGACUUGUCGGCAAUGUCAGCGGAGGGAGACCUGUGUCUGUCCAAGUUCGUGCACAAGAGUUUUGUGGAGGUUAAUGAAGAAGGCACCGAGGCAGCAGCAGCCUCAGGCUGCAUUGUGAUUGCAGAGUGCUGCAUGGAAUCUGGCCCGAGGUUCUGUGCUGACCACCCUUUCCUUUUCUUCAUCAGGCACAACAGAGCCAACAGCCUUCUGUUCUGUGGCAGGUUCUCAUCUCCAUAAAGGGUGCACUUACUCUGCACUCAGCCAUUUCCCUCUUGCUGUGUCCCCAGAUCCCCACUACAACUCCAAGAGGAUGGGCCUAGAAAGCCAAGUGCAAAGAUGAGGGCAGAUUCCUUAGCUGUCUGCCCUCAUGAUUUGCCAGCAUAAGUUCGUGAUGCUUUACACUCAGCUCUUACAUACUGACCACUCAUUUAUCCUACUUAAUCAGAAUCUUGAGAAAAUAGACCAUAAUGAUUCCCUGUUGUAUUAAAAUUGCAGCCCAAAUGCCAUAGGAUGGCAAGCAAAGUUCUUCUAGAAUUCCACAAGCAAUUCACUCUGGAGACCCCGUGCUUUCCUGAGACCUCAAAUACAUGCCUUAACCCACUGCCUCAGUGGUAAUAAAUGCUGCUAGAUAUUGCUACUAGUUUAUAGAUUUCCUGGUGCUUAGUCUUUUAAAAAAGGUUUUAAAGUGCACACGUAUAUUUUGUCUUCUUUUUUUCUUUUUGACAUCUACCAAUAACCAACCACGCACCAAACACUGCAUUUGGCACUGGGGAUGCAAAAGGGACAGAGCUAUCCUCCUUUUACACCUGGUCUUCAAUUCUGUGCCCAACUUACACAGCUUUGACGAUGACCAGGUUGGACUCUUUAAUGUCUUUCAAGGUAUGAUGUAAUCCUCUUGUAGGGAUCACAUCUUUCUUUAUGAUACUGUAUUUCUCUACCUCUAAGUCUUAACAGUAAAAACCCCAUUCAACACUUAAAGCUCAUUUCAAAUUCUUCUUUGAGAAGUUUUUCCUUUCUCCACAACCAGAUGUACAAAUUUUUCACUCAGAGGGCACUUUUUUUUUUUUUUUUUGAGACGGAGUCUCGCUUUGUCUCCCAGGCUGGAGUGCAGCCGUGCGAUCUCGGCUCACUGCAAGCUCUGCCUCCGGGGUUCACCCCAUUCUCCUGCCUCAGCCUCCUGAGUAGCUGGGACUACAGGCGCCGCCACCACGCCCAGCUGAUUUUUUGUAUUUUUAGUAGAGACAGGGUUUCACCGUGUUCGCCAGGAUGGCGGGCACUUCUUUCUUGGUAGUUCUUUUAUUUUUAUUAAUCUCUGUAUCCUUAGAUAGUCCUCCAACAACCAAGGGUUGGGACCCUGUCUUACAUAUUUGGGUGCCCCUCAUAGUGCAGUAAUAAGUAAGUGGGUUAUAUAUGAGCUGUGUAACUUAUUUUUUAUUUUUAUUUUUUGAGACAGAGUCUCGCUCUGUCGCCCAGGCUGUAGUUCAGUGGCCGGAUCUCGGCUCACUGCAAACUCCGCCUCCCGGGUUCAGGCCAUUCUCCUGCCUCAGCCUCCCGAGUAGCUGGGACCACAGGUGCCUGCCACCAUGCCUGGGUAAUUUUUUGUGUGUUUUUAGUAGAGACGGGGUUUCACCAUGUUGGCCAGAAUGGUCUCGGUCUCCUGACCUCGUGAUCCGCCCGUCUCGGCCUCCCAAAGUGCUGGGAUUACAAGCGUGAGCCACCGCGCCUGGCCUGUAACUUAUUUUUUUAAUGGCUGGAUAUCACUUGAGUUUAUUGUUUUUUAAGAAUUUUUUUAUUGAGGUAAAAUUCACAUAACAUAAAAUUAACUAUUUUAAAGUGAGAAGUUCCGUGCUGUUUAGUAUUGUUAACAACGUUGUGUAACCACCACCUUUAUUUAAAGUUCCAAAAAAAUUUUUCUCCUCUAAAAGGAAACCCCAUCCCAUUAAGCAGAUAACGCUCCAUUUCUUCUUCCCUCCAGCCCCUGGCAACCACCAAUCUGCUUUCUGUCUCUAUGGAUUUAUCUGUUCUUCAUAUUUCAUAUAAAUUGAAUUGUUUGAGACCUUUUGUGUCUGGCUUCUUUCACAUAGCACGAGUUUCUGAGAUUUAUUUACAUAAGAGCAUGUAUCAACACUUCAUUUUUAUGGCCAAAUAAUAUUGUACUAUGUGUUUAUAGCACAAUUUAUGUGUCCACUCAUUCACUGAUGGACGUUGUGUAGUUUCCUAUUUUUGGCUAUUGGGAAUAGUGCUGCUGUGAAUGUUUGUGUACCUGUGUUUGUUUGAGUGCCUAUUUUGCAUUCUCUUGGGUAUACGUCUAGGAGUGGAACGGCUGGGUCAUAUGGUAAUUCUAUGUUUAGCUUUUUAAGGAACAGACAAACUGCUUUCCACAGCAGUUGAACCAUUCUGCAUUCCCACUAGCAAUGGGAAUGUACUUACUAUUUUCCUUUUCCUUUUAAAAAAAAAUAUGUUAUAGCCAUCUUAGUGGAUGUGAAGUGGUAUCUCAUUGUGUUUUUUAUUUGCAUUUCUUAUGUAAUGAGCUAGAAAGUAAAGUACAAACUAGAUGGGACAUCCAGUCCCUUUGAUAGAUAAUGCUGAGUAAAAAAUGAGAUGAAAGAUGUUUGUUUGUUUGUUUGUUUUAGACCAGGGGUGAAAGUUUAUUAAAACUUUAGAGGAGGAGGAAUGGAAAGAAAGUGAAGUACACUUGGAAAAGGGCCAAGUGGCCAAGUGGACAUCUUGGAGGUCAAGUGCCUGGUUCAGUUAUUUUAUUUUAUUUUUUUUGAGACAGGGUCUCACUCUGUUACCCAGGCUGGAGUGUAGUGGCAUGAUCUGGGCUCACUGCAAUCUCCUUCUCCUGGAUUCAAGCAAUUCUCUUGCCUCAGCCUCCCAAGUAGCUGGUAUUACAGGUGCCUGCCACCAUACCCGGCUAAUUUUGUAUUUUUCAGUAGAGACGGGGUUUCACCACGUUGGCCAUGUUGGUCUUGAACUCUGGGCCUCAAACAAUCUGCCUACCUCGGCCUCCCAAAGUGCUAGGAUUACAGGCAUGAGCCACUGAGCCUAGCCCUAGCUCAGUAUCUUUUGAUAUUAUGCAUAUGAUACAUAAUAUGAUACAUAUCAUACAUAGUAUGAUAUUAUGUAUCAUAUGGGGAUACUUACUGCAUUUCUUUCAUUAGUGGUGAAAGUGUUUUAUGCAUUUAUUGGCUCUUGAAUUUCCUCCUCUAUUAAUUGUCAUUCACACACCUACUUUUCUACUCGGUUUUUACAUAUCUUUUUGCCUAGUAAAGAUAUUAUCCCUCCGUCUUAUAUUUUUUCUCAUUCUUGUAUUGCCUUUUAAAUUUUGUUACGAUGUUUCAUUAAUAAACAGCAUUUUGUUUUCCUCUAUAAUCAAAUCUAGAUUUUUCCCUUUGUGAUUUCUGACACCACUUCCAUUCUUACAAGUACUUUUCCAUUCAUAAACUAGUUAAAUAAAAGUUAUUUUUUCCUCUAAACUUUUAUUUUUGUAAUGAUUUAAUUCACAUGGAAUUUGAUUUUGUGUUAUUGACAUUCAGGAGAAAGCAUAAUUUCAUUUAUUUCUUAAUAGCCAAUUUCUGGAUAUUAUUUGUAAAUCUAUUUUUCCCUAGUGUUCAUUCCUAUUUUUCCAUCUUUAUUUUUCUAAGUGAACUUUAGAAUAAUUUUUUAAUACCCCAAGUAAUUUUUUAACUUGUUGAGAGUUUUUUGGGGGGAAGGGUUAGCAUGACAUUAAGCAUAUAAAUUACUUGGGUAAAUUGAUGUAUUUACAAUGUUUAGUCAUCUCAUUAAGGAAAAUGAGAAGAGUCUCCAUUUAUUCAAGCCCUUUUGUUAUACUACUUUUAUUAAGACCUUUUUUUUUUGAGUUUUUUUCAAUAUAAAUCCUACACAUCUUUUUUUUUUUUUCUUGUUAUGGUUAUCUCUAAAUUUUAGUAACAAUUUUAAACAAUAGCAUUUCCCCCGACCUGAUUAUGGAUGGCAUAUAAGUAAACCAUUGACGUUUAUACAUUUAUCUUGUGCAUGACCAAUUUGGUAUAUUCUUUUGGUAAUUUAAGAAUUUUCAGUAAAUCAUCUUGGAGUUUCUGCUAUAUGAUUUUGCAAUAGGCAAAUGAUCUUUACUAUGUAUGUAAUGGUAUAUGCAAAUAAGAAAGAGGACAUCCUUCUAACUGAUACACCUCUAGUGUCUGUUUUUUGUUUAUUGUUUUGUGUUCUUCUGUUUUGCAUUACCUAGCCAUUAUGAGACAACAUACAAUGGUUUGGAUGUUUGUACCCCCACAUUUCGUGUUGAGACAUGAUCCCCAAUGUUGGAGAUGGGGUCUAAUGGGAAGUAUUUGGAUCAUGGGGGCAGAUCCUUCAUGAAUGGUUUGGUGCCAUCUUCGAGGUAAUGAGUGACUUCUGGCUUUAUUUGUUCCCCUGAGAACAAAAAACCUGACCCCUGCCCUCUGUCUCUUGCUUUUGAUCUAUUGCCUUGUGAUCUCUGCACAUGGCAGUUCCCCUUCACCUUUUGCCAUCAGUGGAAGCAGCCUGAGGCCUCACCAGAAGCAGAUACUGGUGCCAUGCUUUUUGUACAGUGUGCAGAACUGUGAGCCAGUGAAUUACCCAGCCUUGUGUGUGUGUGUGUGUGUGUGUUUUAUAGCAACACAAAUGAACCAAGACACAGAGUGCACAAUCAUGACAGAAAUUCUUGUUCUGCUCUGUUUUAAUUUAGAGAUUGAUAAUAUCCAGUGUUGGUGAGCAUAUGAGAAAACAGGCAUCCUUACCUUGUGUGUGGGAAUGUGGAUUAAGGGUUUUUGAAAGGAAGUGGGCAGCCUUUCCAUUUUAAAUGGACAUUCUUUUUGGGCCAGCAUUUCACUUUUAGAUGUCUGAUCUACAUAAGUAUUUGCAUACAUGCUUAGAUAUGUUGAGGUUUUCUCUGUAGUAUUUUUAAAGGCAUUUUUGUAGGAUUAUUUAAAAAAUUGUGGUAAAGAAAAACAAAAUUUACCAUCUUAACCAUUUCUAAGCAUACAGUUAGCAUUAUUUUUGAAUAGCAAAAAAGGAAAGAAAAAGAAAAAGAAAAGAAGGAAAGAAGGCAGAGAGGGAGGGAGGGAAAAAACAAAGAAAAUGAAGUGGAAUUAAUUCAAUUUUAAUUUUUCCUUCAAUAGGAGAAUAAUUUAAUUGUAGUAUGAACUAUGCAGAAUUUAAAAAAUCACAAUAGGUUCAAAUGCACUUAUUGUAAAAGACCAUGAAAAAUUAAGUGAAAAAUGUAACUUGCAAUGCAAUGUGUAUAAUAUGAUCUCAUUUAUAUGAAUGAAACCCUGUAUAUGUACAUUCAUAUAUGUGAAUCUAUGGGAAGAGGUUUAAAAGGUGACACUUUUCACUGCUAACAGAGGUUGUCUCUGAGAUAGGUUUGGGGAAGGAGAUAUGGGAAAAAACCUUCCAUUUUUUGCCUUCUAUAUUUCUGUAAUAUUUAAAAUUUUAACAAGGAAAAUCUAAUUCUGUAGUCUGCACAUAAUCUAAAGAAAGAAGAACUCCAUUAUACAACCACAUGUCUAAUACUAAGUGACAUGGUAUUGAAAUUGAAAUAAAAUCCAUAUAAAUGGGUUUUGAAAAUA